UUUCUCUUUCCUUCGCUAGAAUCGAAGGAUGCCUCACCGCAACGGCCCGUAAGCCUGGAAGAGGCAUUCUCGAUGACAAAGUUCGGGGUGUACAAUAUGUAUCUGAUCGCCAUUUCGGGCACCAUCCUGGCGGCGGUAGUGUUGGAGACGCUCGGCAUCAGCUACGUGCUGCCGGUGGCCGAAUGCGAUCUGCUGCUGACGACGAAGGAGAAGGGCGUCCUGAGCGCCAUCUCGUUUGCGGGGAUUAUCUGCAGCUCGCACCUGUGGGGGUUUUUGGCGGACACGCGUGGCCGGCGGGCGAUCAUCGUGCCGACGCUCCUGCUCGCCUUUGCCUCGUCGGCCCUUUCCAGCCUUACCACCAACUUCUGGGUGAUCACGGUGAUGCGAUUCUUGACGGGAUUUUUCAUUUCUGGCCCAUCCGCCACCAUUUACGCGUACCUGGGCGAGUUUCACGGCAAACGGCACUGCUCCCGUGCGAUAAUGGGUGCCUCGUUUGUGUAUGGCGUCGGGUCGCUACUGCUGCCACUGAUCGCCUGGUCCAUCAUCAACCAGGAGUGGGAGUUUACCAUCCCGGUGCUGAACGUCAUCUACCGACCGUGGCGCCUGUUUCUGGUGGUGUGCGCACUGCCGAGCUUCGCCAGCGCGCUGGCACUGCUCCGGAUGCCGGAAAGCCCCAAGUACCUGCUGUCACGCGGCCGAGAGCCGGAAACGGUUGCGGUACUGCACGGUCUAUACCGGUGGAACGCAAGCAGGCGUGACCCACCGCUGGUGCUGACCGGCGUACUGCCGGAAACGGAGGCGGACCAGACGAAGGCUCGGCGGGCGGAGGCCGCCAACAGCAAGAGUGUUGGCACGCUGCUGCGGCAGAUGUGGCAUCAGACGGCACCGCUGUUUAUGGGCACGUACCGGAAGCGCACCGCCAUCAUCUGUGUGCUGCAGUUUGGGAUUUUUCUCACCUCCAGCGGGAUGUACAUGUUUUUCCCGGACAUACUGAACCGGAUCGCGGAGCAGCAGGGUAAGGGUGUGGAGCGGACCACCGUCUGCAAUGCGGUCUAUGCGACGCGUGUCGAUAUACGGGAGCUGGUGACGCGGGCCAACGGUACGGUGCGGCCGGACGUCUGCCACCAGAAGCUGGACAUCUCCGCCUACGAGCAUUCGUUCGUGCUGGAAGCGAUCUAUGCGAUCGGGUUCGCCGUCAUCGGUCUCAUCAUCAACGCGGUCGGGCGGCUACCGAUCCUGGUGUUUGUCUUUGCCCUCUGCGGCACCUGUGGCAUACUGAUCGCGUAUAUCGAUCUGCCGCUGCUGGCUAUCUGGUUCUACGUGAUACUGCUGACGUGCGGCUUUUCCAUCAGUGUCGUCAAUGCCUGCGCGGUUGACCUGUUCCCGACGAAUAUACGUGCCAUGGCCGUUUGCAUCUCGCUAAUGUUUGGAAGACUCGGCAGCAUCGUGGGAUCCAAUCUGGUCGGCUUCCUGCUCGAUACGCACUGUGAGCUAACGUUCUGGAUAUCCGGCCUGCUGCUGGUGGGGUGCGGUGUACUUUCCUUUUUCAUUCCCCACAUUUACAAGCGGCAGGCAUCGGAAAGGAUCAGUGUCUCAUCGCGAUGA